CUCAAAUAAAAGAGAAUAGAAUAAAUUAUGACAUCAUAUUCCAUUUCCCAAUUCAAUUCCCAUUAUACUAAGCUGCAAACUGCUUUUCCUUUUCAUCACCAUCAAAUUCAACCACCGCCACAACACACAACACAACACCGAAACAAAAACCUUAUUCCCGUUUUACCCUUCCGUUUUUCACUUAUUUCCCAUCCUUACCCUUCCAUGGCUUCUCCGCUUCUUCCUCUUCUUCUCUCCAUAACCGCUUUCUCCGUCCUCCAAUCCACCUCCGCUUCCGCUUGCAUCCCUCCACCACCUUCCUUUCUCUUUCAUCUUCAAUCUCAAUGUCCAACCUUCAUCCAAUCCAAUCCUCCUCUUCAGGUGGAUGGAAAUUUCAUUGACGAAGUUCUAUCUGGUAGAAAGAUGAUCGAGUCUGUCUCUAUACUCUUCUAUGCUUCCUGGUGCCCAUUUUCCUGCAGAAUGCUUCCUAAAUUUGAAGCUCUUAGUUCCAUGUUUCCGGAAAUAGAGCAUUUGGUUAUUGAGCAAUCAUCAGCUUUACCAAGCUUAUAUUCAAAAUAUGGAAUCCAUCGUCUGCCUUCAAUUAUACUCGUGAACCAGACCUCAAGGUUGAGAUAUCGUGGUCGAAAUGAUAUUCUCUCUCUAGUGGAGUUUUACGAAAGUAAUACAAGAUUUGAAGCAAGUAGUAAUAUUGCUAUCGAUCAACCAAGCAGCAUGAUGAGCGAAGAGAAUUUUAGCCUGAACCUGAAGUCGUUGAUGGGUCUGUCACUUAAAGAAACAUUAAGAAGAGAACCCUACUUAGUGUUCUCUGUGAUGUUUAUUUGUUUGAGGAUACUUCUUUUUGUCUUUCCCAAGAUCCUAUCACGUCUCCGAGCUUUCUGGGUUUCCUGUAUUCCUCAUCUGAACAUGCAAAUAUUCGGCGAGACAAGCCAAGUGAUGGGACGCGUGCUUCAAGUGAUUGAUGUGAGGAGGAUUUGGACAAAGCUAGGACUAUGCAAGACGAGGAAUUUUCACGAGAGGGCUAGGAGUGCUCGGGUUUGGGCUUCGUCUUUGGCUUCUGUUUCUCUGGGUGAGUCAUCAUCAGCUAGAUAAUCAUUCCAAGGUUUGAAUUAACAACCUUACGAUGUCGUUAUGAGGGAAGUUAAGAGUUUACUUUUAUCAUAUAAUAUCUUCAAGCUGUAGGUGAUGCUUGCAUUACAUAGUCUCUCUCUCUUUCUCUCUCUCUCUUGCUGAUUUUAUUGGUAGAGAUGAUAGGCAAAUGUUGGUUUGUGUUUGAGUUGGGUUUUGUGAGGAAGGAACAGGCUUGUAAAUUUGAGAACUGUUUUCCUUUUUGUGUAAAUUAGUUGUUUCUUAAUGGAAUUAUAGACACAUGUUGUAAUAUGAGCAUCCUUCCCCUUCUCUCA